AAGCAGUAUCAGUCAGUGUGUGUGUGUCACGUAGACGGGCACCGCAUGGUGGUAGUAUAUUAUUACAAAUCAGGGAUUAAAAAAUGAUCUAACUGUGCAUCAUCUUUUUAAAAAGCGUCCUCAGUUUUUCGAGGAGUGUCUACAGUCGCUGAAACGUGUAGAAUUGGUUUUUGGGAUCAGUGUGAGAUUAGGUUGAACCUAGUUGUUGUGCAAUCGCGCACUAAACUCAGGUGUCGAGACAAAUUUAACUGCAAUAGUAUUCCCGAUUAAGAAGAAAAGAAAAAAAACAAAAGAAAUAAUGAAGUGGUCACCGGGAGCUCUUUUUUGCGAGCAAGUUGGUGAAUUGACACGUGUAUUUUCACAAUGGAAUGAAUGUGAACAAACUGUCGUCCUCUACGCUCUCCUACGUCGAAUUCCAGCGGUUCAAGCCCGAUUUCUCGCACACGCCGUGCAACAUUCACUUCAUUCAGUUACGGAGCUUGAUUCACAAGAACUAAACGCUAAUAAUCCAGCUUUCGUCAAUUCACUCCUCUCAGAAUCCACGGAAGUAGCUAUUAAUCAAUUGCUCUCACAUCUUCCUCUUUUGAGACCCGGAAAUGUUGAAUGCAAACAAUGUUAUCUGGUAGCUAUUCCUGAAUUGGUUAGUCACUGCGUUACCACUGGACAAUUUACUGAGCAAACUCAACAACUUCUCAGUUACACACUUAUUCAUCCAGCAAUAACAAGUAAUGAUAGGCGAUCUUUGUCACAGUGGCUUAGACAUCUUGAGGAGAGAAUCAGCGGGACGCCACCAAUUCAUAAUUUGGAGGAGUACACCAACAGUUCGUCCAGAUGGGAUGCCGGAUGGCAGCGAAAUGUGAAACAGCAGACGGAACAGACGAAUAUGUUCAAUUCACAGCCUGGAACAACUUUUAAUUCACAACUUUUGCCACCAGUCUCACGUCAACGUCGAUCAAAUAGUUUGACACCUCCUUUUGCUCCUCCUCAUCAUCAGGAGGUUGUCGAUCGGAGUAGUAAUACCAAUAACACUACCAGACACAAGACAAGAAGUUUCAGUGUUUCUGGAGAUCAUACAACUUCUGCUUUAAUUGGACUUGGUCCUUUGAGUCCACAAAGUUCGUGUACAAGUAGUGGAAGUGAGGGACGUUUAGAUGAAGCUUCAACACGGCCUUUGUCCAGUGGAAUGAGAGACGUUCCGGGAUGGUUAAAAACGCUUCGUUUGCAUAAAUACAGUUACUUAUUUGCCACAUUGAGCUACGGUGAAAUGUUACAAUUAACGGAGGAUCGUUUAGCGGAACAAGGUGUUACAAAAGGUGCGAGACACAAGCUGGCACUUUCCAUCACUAAAUUGCAACAAAGAUAUACGACACUUCUCAAUUUGGAAAAGAAUCUAUUGCAACCGACGCGCGAUGGAAAUCAACCGGCUUCAUUUGCUCAGGGCUCGUCACUUUUAGUUAAUACACUCGAUGAGCUUAAAAAUAUUUUAACCACACCAUUGAAACCAAGUCAGGAGAAUGAUCCACAGGACAUUCCCACUCAAUUUACUAAAGUUCUUGGCAAAUUGUGCAGUAGACUUGCUCUGGACAGUGUAGACGAUGGUAUACUCUGCACGUGCAUCAACGUUUUGGAGAAGGUUUUGCAACACGAUUGCUUUACGCCAAAUCAAAAAGAAAAAGUUCAACAGUGGCGCAGUCGUCUUGGCAAUCCUAGACCAACUCCAAAAUGGCAACAUAAUUAUCCUUAUAAUAAUAGGCGAUAUUGCUGCAUUCAACAACAGAAUCAUCACAAUAGGAAGCCGAGUUUGAAUUCGAGUCAUGUGUCAAGUGUUAAUCUACAUAAUAACUCAUUCCUCAAUAGCCCGCACAGAAACAGUAUAUCUACACCGUAUAUGCAGAGUAACCAAAGUCCAAACAAUACACAAAACAGCUUAAGACCAAUGCACUCAUCUGAAAAGCGGCCAAGCUUACAGGAAAAUAGUUUGGAGCAAUUGCAAAGAACUUUACAACGUACAUACUCUGCACCAAGGGAUCAUUUUCUUGGCCAAUCGAGUAUUACAUCAGAGACGACUGAACCUGAAAUAAACUCUCAACUAGAAUCCUUAUGCUUACGAAUGACCGAGCAAGCAAUCGGAGGUUUUGGUGAGGCCUAAAUCUCAUAAAAUUUCUUAUUUGUUUUUUUUUUUAUAUUAAAAAAAGCCAAUUAUCGCAUGUUAAAUUAUACACGUUGCUGAACUUAAAGUUCAGUGAAAAAUAUUUCUGAAAAUCCCUCGAUUAACUUUUUCAAUUUUAUUUAAAAAAAAAAAGUAUUGGACACAAUUGACUAUAGAAGACGUUUAUAAAACGAUUCUUUAAUAAUGUAAUGUUUAAUGCGAUGACACGAAAGAAAAAAAAAGUGAUUCGUUUUUUUUAUGAUUUAAUGAUCAUAUAUGAUCAGUCAUGUGCGUAUACAUAUAACGUAUUUUAUUUACACUCAGUAAAAUAUAUUUAUGAACUGACAGAAUUUGGCAAGCCAAAUGAUAAUAGGUAGAUGGAUUAUAAUUUCCUAUUUACUGGGUUUUACAAUUUAUGUAUUUAGUAGAGAACAAUUUCUCUUCGACCGCAGUGCGCCGCGAAUAAUGAAUAAUUUAUUUAAAAAAAAACUAUAUUGAAAAAAAUCACAAAUUGGGAAAUGAAAUUUGUUUUUAACGUUAACAAUGUUCAGAUUACAUUAUUACAAUUUAAAUCUAUACUAAUCUAUCGACAGUUGAACUGACGGUAGUCAAUGACUAUACGAAUAAUAUAAAUGACAAAUCUUUAUAAAAAAAUAAGUUUUUUUUUCUAUUUUCUUAAUACUUAAGCUUCAUAAUAUUGGACAAAGUUUUUUACAAUUUAUAUUGUUUACAUAUAUACAUAUAUAUAUAUAUUCAUAUACAUAUUUCACUCUUAAUCCUUCAUUUCUCAAUUUGAAAUGUUAUUAUUCUAAUUUUAAAUUUACUUAUUUUUUUUUUAUUACAAGCCACGAAUGUCGUUGUAUAUAUAUAUAUUUAAUUUUUGAUUAAUUACCGGUAAAUAGGUGAAUAAUCAAAAGAAAAGAGAAGAAAAAAAAGAUGACGUAUAACGAUAUUCGCGUCGUAUUUUUUUAUUUUGAUAAACAAAAAAUUUUUUAGGAUAUUAAGUGAAACAUGCAUAAUUUGCUCAAUUCAAUUUAUUAGAAAUUUAUUAAUAAAAUUAACAUUAUUCUUGUUGAUAUUUAUUUAGAAUUGAGAUGUUUGGCUGCGUUCUUUAUUAUUUGAAACAAAAAAAAGUGAUCUCUUUUUUACGUAAGAAUUUAAAGGAAAGAAAACUUGCGACUGAUUUAACAAAAAAAAAAGCUUUUUAUUGCACUUGAUAUAGAGAUUGAUUUUAAGAUUUUCGUCGUGUACUGCGAUCGAAUGCUAUUUCCUUAAAAAAAAAAAUAUAUAUAUAUAUAUUAUACAUAUAAAAAUGAAUAAAUAAUUAUAUUACGCUAGGUUUUUAAAAAAGAAGAAAGAAAAAAAAAGAAAAAGAAAAUUUGUAUAAAUUAUGGAAAAAAAAGAAGGGAAAGCUGUGUGACACUUGCAAUAUUGUUUUUGUGUUAUCCAUUUCGGGAAAUGGAAUUCUUCUAAUUUUAACGAGCGAACUGAUUUUCACCUCCCUAUUUGCUCUAUCAAUGAGAGUCGAUUCUCGAUAGACGCUUGAAUAUCUAAUUCUAUUUUCUUAUAGGCUUAUACGUAUAGGAAUAACAUUAAAUGAGAAAAAAAGAAAAAAAAAAGGUACACACAGUGUUCAAUAAUUUUUGUCAUCUCUGCCAAUCGUGUUAAAUUAUUUUCCGCAUGGCAGAAUUUUUUUUUUUUUUUUUUUUUUUGAAUCGGACAGUGAAUUCAGAAAUUAAUAUUUAUACAGUUUAAAAGGCCUUAAACGAACAAAAACCAAGGGUUCGUAAAAAACCAAAAGAAAAAAAAUGUUAAUUUAAAAAAAAAAUUGUGAAAAAAAUACUUCGAGAUUAAAGAAGAAAACAGAAGAAGAAGAAGAAGAAGGUGAUGAUGAUGAUAAUGAAGAAAAAGAAGUAGCGUAAGAACGCGUAGUUUCAAGACAUCGAGAUUCGUGGCUUGAAUUUCUAGAAUUACGUUUACGCACGUCGGGUGAUUUUAAAUGGCUUCGCUGCGACAUUCACAAUAUUUUUGCGCGUAACGGAAAUCUACAGUAAUUAAUCGUAUAAAAAAAAUAAACAAUGAAAGACUGACUAUUUCACGCGUUUCGAUAGUUGAAAAAAAGAGAGCGAGAGAGAGAGAGAGAAAAGAAGAGAGAAUGAAAGGGUUAAAAACCUUUACAAAAAAAAAGAAGUAGAGAAACUUUUUUUUAUAUAUCGAAGCUCCGCGUGCGCGUGAAAGAAGCAAAUUGGUAAGACUGCCGAAGGGAAAAGAACCUGUCAAAGUAAGAGAAAAAAAAAAUUAACGAGUGGUAUCGAGUAAUGCAAGUACUUGUAAUUUUUUAGAAUACCCGACGAUAAUAGCACUAUAUAUAUCUAGAGUAUAAUCAAUAUGUAAGGUUACAUGGUGAUUGCCGAACCCAAGUAUCCCAGGGGCUGCUGAUAUUAUGAGCUUGCUCGCACCGAGUUAUACUAAGUAAUCGCCAAUAAGUAAUAAAUCUUCAAAUAAUUUUAAAACAACGGAAAAAUCACAACAAAAAAAAGUCGAUCGGAAACAGGAAUUUUUUUUGAAAUGUCGCGAAACCCAAGACAGAUUAUUAUCGAAAGCUAGUCAAAUGAUACAGUUUUAAUGUCUAUCUGCUAAUGUACUACAUAGUCUUUAAUCGUAUUUUUUUUUUGUUUUUUUUUUUGUUCUAUAUACUUAAGGUGCACGACGUGGGUUCGCGCAUAAGAACGUCAAAAUAAUAAUAUUAAUAAU